GCCGCUGCCGCCAGCUUCCCGGAAGUGGCGACAGGGGAGCAGGGGCUGAGCGCCCUCUGCAAGGCGGCGGGCGACGCCGGCGGCGCCGGCGAUGCGAGGGCGCGCCUGUCCGCGGGCCUGGGCUGGCUGCUGCGGCACGGGCUCGCGGAGGCGCCGCAGGAGGCGCGCGGCCGCAUGCUGGACGCCGGCGCCCUUGCUAUCGCGGAGUUCGCGGCGCAGGCGGAGCUGGCGGCGCAGGUGCAGCAGCUCCUCGAGGAGUACUUCGAGGCGCAGCAGCGCCAGGGCAAGAGCACGCCGCAGGCCGUGGAGGUCAACGGACUCGUCGACGCCGCGCUCUACGGCGCCCUGGCCGCGAAGCUGGAGGCUGGCAGCCAGAAGCGGGGUUCCAUCCUGAUGCGCCUGCGGAGCCGGCUGCUGAAGCCCACGACCUCGGAGGCUGCGAGUGUACCCUCUCCCGCCUCCUUUCUCUUCAUCCGUUUCCCCACCGUCUCAGAUGUUGACGUUGACAUUGAGAUCUCGGGCUGA